AUGUCAUCUAGAGCUCUUCUUCAGCGCUCAUGGCGAGCAACUCGCAACGGCCCCAGGGCUGUGACGCCCCUCCUCACAUACCCUGCUCGGCGAUGGGGCAGUUCCAUCUCACAAAGACCGGGCUCGGAUCGGGUGCUCUUCCCCGGUGCCGUUAACAGCAAGUUUACUACCGAAAUGUCGUUCCUCAAAGCCUCCGAUCUGCCCGCAAUCCCUACAUAUCGAGUAAUCGACUCUGAUGGCGAGUUGGUUGAUAAAUCAAGAGGACCCCCUGAUGUCUCCAAUGAGGAGGUUCUGACAUGGUAUAAGAAUAUGUUGACUGUGAGCAUCAUGGAUGUGGUUAUGUUCGAGGCACAACGCCAGGGACGACUGAGCUUCUAUAUGGUCUCGGCUGGUGAAGAAGGUAUCGCAGUCGGUUCCGCCGCGGCUCUCACUCCAGAUGAUGUAGUGUUCGCCCAAUACCGCGAAGCCGGCGUUUUCCAACAACGAGGAUUUACUUUGAAAAACUUUAUGGGCCAGUUAUUUGCCAAUUGCAACGACACGGGUAAAGGGCGUAAUAUGCCCGUUCACUACGGCCAGAACUAUCCUCGCAUGCACACAAUUUCAUCACCUUUGGCCACUCAAAUUCCCCAAGCCGCUGGUGCCGCUUAUGCCCUGAAAAUGCAGGAUCUACAGGAUCCCAACCGAGACCCUCGUAUCGUUGCCUGUUACUUUGGCGAGGGCGCUGCCAGUGAAGGUGAUUUCCAUGCAGCACUCAAUAUUGCCGCCACGCGAUCAUGCCCCGUUGUAUUUGUGUGCCGGAACAAUGGAUUCGCUAUCUCCACGCCAACCCUUGAGCAAUACCGCGGUGAUGGAAUUGCCAGCCGUGGUGUAGGCUACGGCAUUGACACGAUUCGAGUCGACGGUAAUGACGUGUUUGCCGUCAAUGAGGCUAUGAAGGAAGCCCGCCGGCGAGCCUUGAGCGAUGGUGGACGACCCGUCCUAAUUGAGGCGAUGAGCUACCGCGUUUCACACCACAGCACGAGCGAUGACAGCUUUGCAUACCGUGCGCGAGUCGAAGUCGAGGACUGGAAGCGUCGCGACAACCCCAUUAUUCGGCUUCGCAAGUGGCUGGAGAACAAGGGGCUGUGGAACGAGGACAUGGAACAAGAAACUCGGGAUUCUAUGCGCAAAGCCGUGUUGAAAGAGUUCAGUGAAGCCGAGCGUGAAAAGAAGCCACCUCUCCGAGAAGCCUUUACAGAUGUUUAUGAAGAAUUGACGGAAGAAGCUAAGGAGCAGAUGAAAGAGCUCAAGCGAAUCCUGGAAACAUAUCCGGACGAGUAUGAUCUACGGCCUUACAAGGAUGGAGCUAAGGGACUGGAUUAG